AUGCCGCCCCCUCCUCCACCGCCUCCUCCGCCCCCUCCAAUGCCGGGAUUCUCGGGAGGGCCACCACCUCCUCCCCCUCCUGGCGGAAUGCCGAACAGGCCACCUGCAGCCGUCGCCCAAGGCAGAGGUGCCCUGUUAGGAGAUAUCACAAAGGGUGCGAAGCUCAAGAAAGUCACCCAGAUCAACGAUCGUUCUGCACCUAUUGUGGGAAAUGAGAAGAAGUCGUCUGGCCCUGCCGCCAUGGGCGCUCCUCCGGUGCCAGGAAUGAUGAAGCCUCCGGGAGGUGCUGCUCCUCCUCCCCCGCCUGGCGCAAACAGAGACCGUGCUUCGAGCGACGUGGGAACUGCACCACCUCAACUAGGAGGCCUCUUCGCUGGAGGCAUGCCCAAGCUGCGGAAAUCUGGUGGUGUCAAAACAGGUGCGGAUACGGAUUCAUCAUACAUGGGUGCCUCAGAAGCCCCCUCUCGUCCUGUUUCUGCUGCUCCUAGACCACCUGGCGCUCCCCCUCGUCCAAGUGGUUCGGCCCCUCCAGUCCCUCCGUCUGCGCCACCUUCAGCGCCGCUUGCCAAUCCUGCCGUGUCAGCCAUCAAGAAUGGCCUGCGACCUGCUCCACAAACAAGUAGCUCUUCGCCUGCUAUUCCUUCAAAGCCAAAACCGCCUCCAAUCGGCAAGAAGCCACCAAUGCCUCCUCCAUCCUCGCGCAAACCCUCAGGCAACAUACCACCCCUUCCUCCAUCAUCCGCUUCGCCCGUCCCUCCAUCUGCCCCUCCAAUGCCACCUUCCUCGGCUCCUCGACCGCCACCCCCACCUCCUUCAAUGAGCGCUCCGCUACCGCCUAUGAACAGCUCUCCUUCCUUGGCCGAAACAGCCGCGCGCAACGCUUUUGGUCGAGCUUCACCUGCUGCACCUCCCCCGCCAGCGCCAGCUAUGACACCUCCGAGAUCGCCUGCGCCAGCACCACCUUUGCCGCCAGCAGCUGCACCCUCACCACCUAGACCGCCAAUUGCGGCCCCAAGCCCUCCGCCAGCGGCAGCACCGUCUCCACCUCCUUCGGUAGCCCCCUCGAGACCACACGCAGGCUCGAUCUCGCGAUCGACUAUGGAUGCCUCAGCGUACACAUUAAGCAACGGAGCAUCUCUCAAGUCUCCAAGUCAGUCAUAUCAAGGAGCAAGCGGAAGCAGAGGUGGUGGCGGGCGUAUCACGAUCGACGACACACGCUUCAAAUUCCAACCAGAUGAGACGCUUCCCAAGCCACGAGAGUUUUCGGGCGUGACCAAAAUGUACCGAGCGGGUAGAGGCAGCACGGUACCCUUGGAUUUGUCGGCUUUCGAAUAG